AUGGUGUUAGCCAAGAUCCGCCAAGAGCCCCUUGUGAGAGGGAACUUCCGCUGUGACUGUGGAAAUAGCAAGUUCAAAAAUCUGCAGUGCAAGUUACUGCCAGAAAAGGGCAAAGUGAAUUCAGGAAAUAAGUAUAAUGACAAUUUCUAUGGAUUAUACUGUACUUGUAAAAGACCUUAUCCUGAUCCUGAAGAUGAGAUUCCAGAUGAGAUGAUCCAGUGCAUAGUCUGUGAAGACUGGUUCCACGGAAGGCAUCUUGGUGCAGUUCCCCCUGAAAGCGGAGACUUCCAUGAAAUGGUGUGCCAAGCCUGCAUGAAUCACUGCCAUUUCCUCUGGGCUUACGCAUCACAGUUAGCAGUUCCUCCUUUGGCCAAAGUGAACUCCCUUGAAGGUGAAGGGGUUUUCCUGAAGGUUAAGGAAAGUGAAGAGCAGAGAAAAGAAAUAAAAAAAGAAAGUGGAGUGGAACACCAGGAAAUGAAGGAAGAAAAGCAAAUGGAACAGUUUAAUGAACCAUCCACUAGCUCUGGGUCUGCCUGUCCAGAGGUAGUUACUAAGAGUGAGGAGCCAGCCUGCAAGCUGAAGGAACUCCAAAGCAAGCCAUUUUUAAAAAAAGACACUGCCACCUUUUGGCCACUGAACUGGAGAAGCAAACUGUGCACCUGUGAAGACUGCUUGAAAAUGUAUUCGGAGCUUGAAGUGCAGUUCCUGACAGAUGAAUGUGACACUGUCUUGGCUUACGAAAAUAAAGGUACCAGUGACCAAGAAACAGAGCGGAGAGAUCCUUUAAUGGACACCCUUAACAGCAUGAACAGAGUUCAGCAAGUGGAACUCAUCUGUGAAUACAAUGAUUUAAAGACGGAACUGACUGACUAUCUCAGGAGAUUCGCCGAUGAGGGAACGGUGGUUAAAAGAGAAGACAUUCAACAUUUCUUUGAAGAGUUUCAGUCACGGAAAAGACAACGGACUAACAGGAUGCAGUACUACUGUAGCUAGACUGAGAGGGUUCAG